AUGCCCGCUGAACGCAAGCCGCGCGUGCACCCCGCCACGUCCUCGUCCACGGACAGCAAGGGCAGCAAGGCCGACAAGCCGAAGCAGCGCAAGAAGCCCGAGUUCUGGACGGCCAAUGAGGACCGUAUCCUCCACGAGCUGCUCGCCGCCAUCGCCAAGAAGCAGAUCUGGGCCUCCGUCCAAGCCGAUGGUCGCCUCGCUCAUAAGGGCUGCUCGGGCAUCCACAUGCGUCUCAAGACCUUGCUCGGCAAGGGAGCCACCCUCCCCAAGCCCUGA